UUUAAACAGCACGCCUAUUGUUGAAACGUAUAGUGCUUGUAUUUACAUUGUCUGAUCUUGUGUUUGAAGUGUGCGGGAACUCUACUGUAAUAUAAAAUGGUUCGAAGUUCGGUCUGUCAUCGUUAUGGGAACUAAGCAAGUUGAACUUGACUACAGCUAGUGCUAUGUAAUUGCACGUAACGGGGUGAAUAUAUACCGACCUGUUGGCAAAUAUAUAUUUCAUAUAAUACUCGGCUACGAGUGGCAGUAUGUGAGGAUUAUAAUGAUAUCUCCGAGAGUUCUUGACAGCUUGUAGCUUCACGUUGCCAAGCACUGAACGUCUGCUUGAGCGCUUAGAUAGCAGAGUUUCCACAUGCCGCACCUAGUGCCCACCAUGAAGAAGGUCGGCGUCCGGGAUGCCAGCGGCAGGUUCAUCGACACGUUUGACCUGAUGUUGCAGCUGCCCUGGGGAGCUCUCACCACCGUGGUCGUUCACCAUGACAUGGCCAUCCACCAGCUCAAGUCCGCCAUCGAGUUCUCGGUCGGUCUCCCAUGCGACCUCCUGACGCUGGGAUACAAGCGCCAUGCUUCCCUUGCCGAUAAUAUGACUCUCAGGGAGAUGAGAUUGAUACCAGGGGAUCGUAUCAGUGUCAUCCUCGAAUAUGGAUUUGAAGAGCUGGUAUCUGGCGCUGUAUCGGGGAACACUCAGGUGAUCAUCAACGACAUCAAGAGACACUGGAACGAAGACGAUGUCGAAAGAAGACGAAUGGUGGUCAUGUUCAUUGCUGCACAUCGAGGGUAUCAUUACCUAAUUGAUAAGAUGCUAACUGAUGGUGCUCAUCCGGACUCGGUGACACCUUCAGGUCGCACGGCUCUUCACAUUGCAUGUGCUUUGGGGAAUGGUGGGUGUAUAGAUACCCUCCUACAACAUGGAGCUAACACUACCCUCAAGGAUGCGAAUAACAAGACUCCAACUCAAUUAGCCUUCAGUUGCGGCCAGCAGGAAGCUGAACGAAGAAUGGUCUUGUACGAGAGGGCUCGAUCCCGUCAAACCAGACGUCUAAGUAAGCACGAUGAUUGGCUGCAAACCUUACCGACGAAUAAAGAAAUUCCGUCAUCAACCACCGCCUCAUCCUCAUCGUCGUCAUGGUCUCGUUCACCGAGGUUCCCCGUCUCUCGUCUAGCGAGGAGCGUCACGCCGACACUAGCCUUACAGGAGUUAUCACUAUCUCCGGCACCAGGUCCAGAGUUGAUGGUGAAGUCACUGGGUGGAGCGAUAGAGACGAAAAAAGCCUUCAACAAGUUUUCUGUUCGGAGGUUGACCCAAGCCGACCUUGAAGGAUUCAGCCAGAGCAGUGAGAGCAGUGAUGAUUCGGAGCCCGCCAAAGAAGAAGAUCUGCCGACCUUCGAUGACCAUGAGUCCAACCAUGCUGGUGACAAGGACGAAGAUAAUGUGAUGCUCGAUACCAUACCAACGUCGAGUCCGGACGACACCCUUUCCACAGUCACCAUGCUGUCGUUAACACCUUCGCCCCGGCCACCGGCCAUACGACCGCCACAUGUUCUUCCUUCAAGGACGACGGCAUGGCAACAAGAAACACGGAAAGUCCGCUUCGAAGACCCAACGAAAGCCCGAUUCGAAGACCCAACGAAAGCCGCAAAUACAACCCCGUCUGAGAGGCCAAGAGCACGUUCGGCUCCGCCCAGGAGAUCAGUGAACAUGUUGUCUCUAGUAUUGGACUCAGAAUCAACACAUCGAAGCACUGACAAUGGGCCAGACUCUGGAUUGGGUCUCAGCGGUGGAGACAGUGAGCAGCUAUCCCACAUCAGCAAUGGAAUAAAGUGCAAUAUACCUAUCACCCCUCCUCGCAACAAACCACGAGCAUCGUCAGCAAGACUUCGAAGCCCGCGGUACAACCCCCGACACCCUAAUGACCGCUAUGGUCGGGACGAAAUAUUGGACACGAGAAAGAUCAAAGAUAUUCAGGCAUCCUUAGAAUUAAGCGUCGGUCUGCGUGAGACCACCGAUCAACCGCUUCUGUCAAACGGUCAAAGAAAGGCCACACCGGAAGAGAAUAAUGAAGCCUUUGAUAAUUGGUUGGGAGGGAAGGUACAGGGCGCGAAAGACAGGAAACUCUUGAACAAUGUCCAGAAGAUGUUGGAUGAAGCAUUUGGUAGAGCAGAUGAGGAGAUUAAAAGACAAGAGGAGAAGCGACCAAAGAUAACUGGACAAUCUUAUGAGGAUUGGAAGAAACAGAAAGAUGAAGAGAUACGGAACAAGAAAAAGGUGGUAUUGGAGAAGCGAAGGCAGCAGGAAGAAGCGCGAAGACUUCAAGCAUCCAUUGAUGCUGAGAAUGAACUCCUAAUUAAGGCGUGGAUCGCUCAAAAGGGUGAAACGGAGAAGAAAAAGAAGCUGAACGAAAUGAAAGAAAAGAAAGAAAAACAGAGGAAAGUGGCCGAACAACAGAUCGCGGCAGAGAGUGCCUUCAGCAAAUGGAGACUCAACAAGGAAUGGGAGGAGCUCGUCAGGUUAAGAGAAGGGAAAGAAUUCUUUGAUCCUGCUUUAAAGGCAACCAGAGCGAGUGUAAAACGAUCAGCAAGAAAGCGAAUGCAAUCUGGAGGACGUAGAUCUAGUAACAAGACGAACUUGAAAUAUGGCUCGUAGGAAUUAGAUGAUCGUGCCGACAUUCUCUUCAAUCAUCGACCUUUAAACCUUGCCAAAUCUUAUUUCACCGUGCAGUGCCUUUCGUUAAAUGUGAAUCACAUUGCAUCUGACAUGUGUUUUAUGUAAUAUAUUUUGGUACAUCUAUCCCGAUAAUCAUUCCAUUUGGAUGCAAUAUAGAUGAUUAAAUUUUAAAGAUGCAAUCUUAUUUUAUGGUGUGUUGCACAACACAGUGUUUUUUUACAACAGAAUGUCUAUAUGGUUAGAUCUGGUCUAAUUCUCUUAUAAUUUGACAGCCUAGAUGUAUGGCGACAGCAAAACAUUUUCUAUGCACAUGGCCUCUCAAUGAAGAAUACACACAUGACAGAAAAAAAAUUGUUGUGAGUGUAAUAUAACAUGUUGCAAAGAGCUUUUCAGAUCUCAUUCUUAAACUAGUGCUAAGCGAUUGUAUUAUUAUAAUUUGUGAUUUAGACCAUUAUUCUGGGAUUCGAUCUUACUGCCAAAGGAUUAGUAAUUUAUAUGUGUUUUGUUGAGCACGGGUAAAGAGUUCACUUCGUUAUGGACAUUUGUAGUAUAGGUGAAAGAAUUACACUUCGACUGAAAACCUAAAAUAAUUAUGUUACAAGACAAUGCUCUAAAUUGAUCCUUCCUCUUCCUUUCCUUGUUAUCUUUCUUCUUCUUCUUCGUCUUCAUCUCCUCAUCGUCCUGCUGUUCAAAAGCCUCCAUAGACCGAGGAGUCACCUCUCUCUCUCUCUCCCUCUCUCUCUCUUUCUCU